AUGGCUCAGGCAUCUACCCCACCCGCUGCGGCGGCAGCGUCUGCCAUCUUCGAGAAGACUCACCCAGGCGUGCGCCGUUCCACCCCAGACUCGGAUGCAUUGGCCUCCUCUGAUGAUGAUGGAGAGCAUGGAACACAAGCCCAGAACAUUAUCCCCCCUACCACCAGGCCACCCGUCCGUCGCACCUCGUGGUUGAACGAAGUGCCUCUUUCCGCUCAGCGUAAACAUUCGCUGCCUGGAGGUCACCUUUCUUCCGCCCCAUCAAACCCUACAAGCCCUGCUAAUGAUCAAGCGCCAUGGGCAACGACGGCGAGCUCAGGUCUUGCCGGAUCUUUCAAUUGGAAUCAACCCGGAGGAAGUGCCUUUUCUUGGGGCACAGGCACAGGGAUCUGGAACACUGAAUCCCGUAAGGAACCACCUUCUCGCUUGGCAGAAAUGGUGUCUUCUCCGACUAUGACCAAUCCCCUUCCUUUGGGGGGCAACAUGUCAGACGAAAUGUUGAGCCCAAUCACCCGUACCAUCUCUGGUGAAUCCGCUAUCCCAUUCUCCAUUCCAUUACAACCAACCCUCAAAACGUACCGCUCUCAGUCAUAUUCUGUGGGCCAGAUGGACCCUGAGUUCCUCGGCCUCGCGACUAGCAAGCCCGGUGCAGGUCCUGCUACCGGUGCACAUUACCCAGGAAGUCGCUCUCGCGGCCCGGGCCAAAUGUCUGCUGUUCAGCCUCGAGCAUCACGUCCUAGUAUGCUCGGUGAAUUAGGAUACGAUACUGCAAUGCUCGGUCGAGUUCGCGAGGAUGAUGAUGGUGACGAGAGUUUCAACGACUCGGAGAGCGACAUGAGCUACUCGGCGAGUCAGGCUCGGCAGAUCGAGCAGUUGGCGCGCGAGAACGCACUCUUACGGCAAGCAGCAGCGGCAGGUCAAAUGGAUAAUAGAUACCGUGAGCGUGCUGGAUCAGCUGCAUCAAUAGGAGGUGGUCAUUCACUGCAUCGCAUCCGAGGUGGUGUUCCAGGGGGAGAUCUGGCUGGGGAGGAUCUAAAUGAAUUGCGUGAUAUUACCGGGUACAACAACAUGCGUGGCAAUUCUCGUCGCCGCUUCUCUGAGCAUUUGGCGCAUCCGGAAGCGCAAUUUUCGUCCUUCGCCUCCCCGCUGGAAAAUCGUGCUCUAGAGAACGUCCGCAAGGCUCAUUGGCAAACGUCUCUAGGCUUCGGCGGUAUGCCUGACAUGCCUCAAAGUCGCCGACACUCUUUUGCCGAGAUUCCGAUGCGUUAUGGCUCAAUCAGUUCUGUGGACUCGCACUCGACCGCUACUCCUCGCGCAAGUAUGGGGGAUCGUGAUGACGGCUAUGGUAACCUUAGUGACUAUUCCAACCAACCUUACUACUCCCGUGAACAGACCUUGCGUGGAGAUGGCUCCUCGGGUAUCCCGCAAUCUCUCAGCCAAUAUGCCAUGUCGAAUGCAUAUGGUCGUCAGCCAUCCGCAUUGUCCCACGCUCAUCAAAAUCAGCUUUUGUACAUUGUCGCCUUCAAAUGCAGCCGUGCAGACGUGUUCUACAUCCAAGAAGACACCGGUCUUCAAGUGAAAACCGGUGAUCUAGUCAUUGUGGAGGCGGAUCGAGGAACAGAUCUGGGUACCGUCAUUCAUGCAAACAUAUCGCUCCAACAGGCACGGGAGUUAAAGCAGCAUUAUGCAGAAGAGCACUACAAAACCCUGAUGAUUUUCUCUAGACACGGCCAGCCUGAGGGGUCCACCCUCGCCAACCCCAACUCGGGCUUGAACACUCGAAGUACCACAGGUGGCAUGGGUCCCCAUGGUCCUCACAGUGCGCAGGAACCUGCGACAGACAUCAAACCAAAGCUCAUCAAGCGGUUGGCACAGCAACAUGAAGUUCUAACUUUGCACGAUAAGGAAGGAAAUGAGGCUAAAGCCAAGCGGGUCUGCCAGCAGAAAGUGGUUGAGCAUCGGCUUAAUAUGGAGAUCCUCGAUGCCGAAUUCCAAAUGGACUGGAAAAAACUCACUUUCUACUACUUUGCUGAUUCGUACAUCAACUUCAACUCACUUGUAACUGACCUGUUCAAGAUCUACAAAACUCGCAUCUGGAUGUCAGCUAUCAACCCAGCCUCGUUUGUCACGCCCCCUACCGCUGGCCUGUCAGGUCCUGGCACCAUGCCCAACCCCCUUUAUGGCCAGGAAGCAGAUCGUCGCCACCAACUUGAGAGCAGGUCUUAUGCCGGAUCGCGAGAGACUGUGGACUCAGGACGAGAGAUGCCAACCCCCGUGGGCAUGCUUCACACAUCCUACGGAGAGUCCUACCAGCCCUUUUCUCAGACAUCCCGUCACUUAGAAGGGCCCGCUCAUUCGGAUUUCUUUGCCCCGCAGCCAUCAAGCUUCGGGCAUGCAGAUUCAUUCGAAUGUUCCGGCAACAUCGGCGGCUCUAAUGGCUCUGCCCGUGUACACUCAGCGCAAGGCGAAUGGAUCAACAGGUUCCAGGGCCUAUCGCUCAACUCCUAA